AUGCGCCAAUCAUCGGCGAGACAAUCUCAAAUAUCUUCAGGUUCCACCAAUGUCUCCUUAUCGCAAGCAUUGCUUGAGAAGAAGAAGGAGUACGAAGCUGUCGCGGCUCUAGAGAGAGCAAGCUCACAGUUCCUCAAACGCAUGGAGGAAAUAGGCGAUGACUUCGACGUGAUGGCGGAAGCAGGGAGAGUGCACGGGCAGGUCCUCGACCAAUGGCCUAACAUGUUCAGAAUCCUAAGCCUAUUCUUAUCGACGCGCGAACGGCAAUCUGAGGAAGACGAUUCUCCCUCCCUACUGGCUGGCGAACGGCUUGUGCGGGUUCCGGUCGAAGAGUUACGAUCAACGGAAGACAAGUCAUAA